CCUCCGAAGAACGCGAGCUUCUGAGAUAGAGCAGAGAGGGGGAGUCUUUUUUUACUUGCCUAACUUCUUGAACACACGUGAACUACAAACAUACAAUAGCGAGUGGCAAACCUACUAUGUUCUGUCUAAAACAAUUCAAAUAUACUGAGUUUAUCAGUCAUAAAAAAAGACACCAAAAGGAGGGAUUUCCCCAGGUUACCUCGCAAAUAACAGAAAAUGAUAAUACCUGCUACUCCCAGGGGGCUGAAAGACCCAAGGCGGCAAUAGAUGCUUCCAAGGUCGUGAGCUGUAAUGAAUAAAAUUGUCUUCCAAUAUCCCCAUUUUGAUCAGGGAAUCAGAAGACCUGGGGCUGCCAGGCGACUCCAUCAUUCUACAAGAAAACAUGGGACCACCAAAUGCUGAUGAAUAACAUCAUCCGGAAUAUCAUCAAUAAUCAUAAGAGUAACUGUCACCCACUAUGUAUACUGGGGGCGUGCUCCUCAUCCACAGCAUUUUAUUGCUUUCCGAAGAGGGAUCCGCGAUUCCCCAGCAUUUCCGAGCUUCCAGUAAGAUCAGUCUCAGUCUUGGCUCACGUGAGCGCUGCGAAAAUAGUCACUGUAGCAACUAAACUGACUAGGACUAGAAAUCCUUCAAUCAUUUCUGACUUACUACUUCUUUUGACACAAUGGACUUCAUGUUCUUUUUAUUUGGCUUCAAAGAGUUCAAUAAACCAUUGAAGGAUGUGGGAAGUGUCGCUUGCUACUGUGGCAAUUGUCACAAUCAAUCAGCUCAUGCUAUAAGGUCCAUAAACACCGUGACCUUAUUUUUCAUUCCAGUCCUUCCGUUUUAUUUCUCCAAGCGUCUAAAAUGCUCUAUUUGCGGAGCGUCCGGUGAUAUUAAUGAUGAAAUAAUCAAUCGGCUAAGAAGCGGGCAACCAGUUGCAAUUGGAUAGAUUAUCGCUAAAAGAAAGUGUUUCGCAAAAAAAAUGAGCUCACAAAAGCUCUAGAAUUCCAUAGAAACUCCAAAACCAUAAAACAAUGUACAUUUACUUUCUCAUAUUGAGUGAUUUUCACUCACCAAUACCUAUGAGGUUUUGCAGUCAAUCCGGUUUUCCUUCAUAUAUCACCCGGCUAUGAUCUCUUUUUUUCUUAAGGUUUCCUUGAAAUCCGGUUGAAUGAUCACCACCACAGUUACCUAACCCCAAACUACCUAUCAACCCGCCCUUACCGAGUGAUGUGACCAUUUGAUCAUUUGAUCAUCUAUGUAGCUCUAUAUUCCUCUAUUUGCUGUGCCUCUACUAUAAAUUAUAGACAUUUACCCCUAUUAUCUGUUUUCUCUAUUAGAAACA